AUGUCACCACUUGCCACUGUUGGUAUCAUAUCUAUUGGAGAAAUGGGUAUGGGUGUUGCAAAGUUGCUUAUUGCCCAUAAUUAUCGGGUUGUGACGAAUGUUGAGGGUCGAAGCCAAGAUACCCAACAACGCGCACAGAAAUCCAAAAUCGAGCUUCUGUCUACGGACACAUCUCUUGUCUCACAAUCAGACUACAUUCUCUCCAUUGUUCCACCUCGUGAUGCACUAUCAAUGGCAACUCGGAUAACCACUGCAUUUAAUUCAAUCUCUCCACCCAAAUCCUCUCCCCUCUAUUAUCUCGACCUCAACGCCAUAGCUCCUGUCACCGCUCGCUCAAUCGCCUCUCAUAUCGACACCACAUCACCAUCCAUUAGAUUCAUCGAUGGUGGAAUUCUAGGCGGUGCUCCCAGACUAAAAAAUGACACCACAACUCCCAAUACGACUGCAUCUAUUGAUCCAGAUCUAGAGCAUGCAUGGAGCCGUCCUUCAAUCCCCAUUUCUGGACCUCACCAACUUUCCAAAGCUCCCAUAUCUGGUGCAAAUUUAGCAGAACUUCUAAAUUCUAACUAUCUAGGUGAAGAAAUUGGCAAGGCAUCUGGUCUUAAGUGCUGUUUUGCUAGUACGACGAAAGGAUUUACAGCCUUAUGUAUCCAAGCAUUUACGUCGGCUCAAAGAAUGGGAGUUUUGGGAGAAUUGGAAAAGGAGAUGAGUGAGAGGGUACCAGGCUUAUGGAAAUCAGUGGGCGGGGGAAUAACAGGUAUGCCACCGAAAGCCUAUAGAUGGGCAAGAGAAAUGGAGGAAAUCGGAAUGUGUCAUGGGGAAACCGGAUUCGCAGGCGGAGAAACCAAAGAAGGAGAGGAAGAGGAGGGGAAAGGAAUUUUCGGCGAAAUCGCCGACAUAUACCGAACCGUAGCAAAUGAAACGGUGCUCGGAGAGGAGAAAACCGAAAAGAGAAAAAGAGGAACGACAGUAGAAGAUGUGGCUCAAUGCAUGAGUGAGGGGCUGGCAAGCAAGAGAGCGAAGCAGGAAUAG